AUGAUAAGCAACGAUAAUGACUGCCAUUUCGAGACAAUUAUCCCGUACUUUAGGAAUCGGCUGAAGAAUCGCAUAACUCGUGUGCGAGACAUGGAUUUCCAGACAUUUCGAGACCAGUAUUUGCGGCCAAAAGUACCGGUGAUUAUCACGGAUUGUAUGACUGAAUGGCCGGCACUCAGUGGUGACCACAAGUGGACAGUCGACUACAUCCGCAGUGUCUGUGGCUAUCGAACGGUUCCCAUAGAGAUUGGCAGCAAAUAUACUGACGAGGAAUGGAGUCAACGACUGAUUACUGUCAACGAGUUUAUUGGACAGUAUUUGGCGCCAAACUCCCGGUGCGAUACUACCGGUGCUAAUAGGACUGGCUAUUUGGCUCAACACAACCUGUUUGACCAAAUUGUGGAACUAAUGGCCGACAUAUCGGUUCCCGACUAUUGUUGUGUGAGAGCUGAUGAGGACAGGGAGGACGAGGAGGUGGACGUGGAUAUCAACGCGUGGUUCGGACCCAAAGGAACGGUAUCUCCGCUACACUUCGACCCCAAAGACAAUCUGUUGGCGCAGGUGUUUGGCCACAAGUAUGUGCGGAUCUACUCGAGUGAUACGCCCCGAGAGGCCAUAUAUCCCAACGAUUGCCGGCUGUUGUGUAACACAAGUGCCGUUGACUUGGAAUGUGUGGACUCCGAGAGGUUUCCGGCGUUUGAAGGACUGGACGACUACUACGAGUGUGUCCUCCGAGAGGGGGAACUCCUGUUUAUGCCCACAAAGUGCUGGCAUUUCGUCAAAUCCCUGUCCACUAGUUUUUCCAUCAGUUUUUGGUGGAAAUGA